AUGACGAUUCUGAAUUACUAUGGCAAACUCAAGAUGAUAUGGGAGGAAUUGGGAAAUUAUGAGCAAUAUCCCACUUGUCAAUGUGGCAAGUGCAGCUGCGACAUAAGCAGGGCGUGGGAUAAGAAGCGAGAUGAAGAGAAACUUCAUCAAUUUUUGAUGGGGCUAGAUGACACGGUCUAUGGAGGUGUGUGUUUGCAUAUACUGAGUACGAAACCCUUGCCAAAUUUGAAUCGAGCCUAUGCCAUAGUGGUUCAAGAAGAGCAAGUUCGAACUAUGACGCACGCAAAGGAAGAGAAAGCUGAAGCUGUGGCCUUCGCAGCCCACACAGGAAAGAGGCAAAGCGAAGACAGAGACAAGAACACAAUAUGUACUCACUGCAACAAGACAGACCACGAUGUAGAAUCUUGUUUCCAACUGAUCAACUACCCUGAAUGGUGGGGUGAUCGGCCGAAAAAUAAUACCCGUGGAACAGGCCGAGGGCGUGGUGGACAGAAACAACGAACAGGGGCAGGAGGAAAAGGUUGUGACAGCCAAGCUAAGGCCAAUACAACCAAAGCCUCGGCGCAAGGCAAUACGUCUCAAGGAGAAUCAGUCGAUGCAGCCAAGACCGGGUUAAAUGGACUAAGCAGUGAGCAAUGGAACAUGUUACUCAACCUUUUGAACACACAAAAAGAAGGGAGUCAACGACUAAGUGGUAAGCAAAAAUUGUCAGAAUGGAUAAUAGACACAAAGGCCUCUCAUCAUAUGACAGGAAACCUCGAGUCGAUGAGAGACAUAAAGAAUAUCAUUCCGUGCUCUGUCGGGCUGCCAGACGGGAAAGCGACGAUAGCAGAAAAAGAAGGCACAAUUGCACUGGACGAUCACCUGAAACUGACUAGUGUUUUAUAUGUGCCUAGUUUGAAUUGCAAAUUACUUUCUGUAUCACAAUUAAUUGAGGAAUCGAAUUAUAUCGUCCAGUUCACUAACAAAUUCUGUGUGAUACAGGACCGCACUACGAGGAUGCUGAUUGGAGCGGGUGAGCAGCGAGAGGGACUCUAUUAUUUCCAGAGCAUUGCAUCAACAAGAGCAAUGAAGACUAUAGAGUGCAGAACGUCGGAUAUUUGGCAUCAAAGGCAAUUUAACAAACCUGUCAAGGUGAUCCGUAUUGACAAUGGGACUGAGUUUGUUUGCUUGGCUGGUUAUUUUGUUGAAAGUGGCAUUAUUCAUCAAACCACUUGUGUCGGGACCUCUCAACAAAAUGGGAGGGUUGAACGCAAGCACCACCACAUACUCAAUGUUGCCCGAGCCUUGCGCUUUUAA